UAGCCCAGAAGAAGGCAGGGGAGCCGGGCUGAGGGGACCGGUCUGAGCCGGUCUCCGGCGCAGGCGCAGUGCGGAUAAACAGGAAGCGGGCGGUAGAGGCAGUGGCAGAGGAGACCCAGGGGCUACCGGGGGGAAAUAGCGGAAGGACUAGGAUUACUGGGAGGGCGGCCGCGGCUGAGACUGAGAAAAGGCCCUUGGCCAUCUGCCUCAAGGAAAAGAGAGGUCGUGGCCGCGCUCUCCACGUCGGCUUCCAGCUCCCCAGCUUAGGCUGUGGCAGCGGCUGACAAAGGGCUCGCGCCGGUGCCGCCGCCCUUCUCAUCCGGGCAUCCGGGUCCCUGCGGCGCGGGAGGGGGAAGGGCAGAGGGGGAGGAGGAGGGGCAGGAGCGGGAGGGGCGCGCGCUUGGAGCCGAGGCCCUCUCCCGGGCUCCGGGCCGGCGGCCCGACGGACGGAGGCCGAGGAGGACCCGCAGAGGUGGCGACUGCCGUGGGCAGGAGGAUGGUGCAGAAGGAGAGCCAGGCGGCGCUGGAGGAGCGGGAGAGCGAGCUCAGCGCCAACCCGGCCGCCUCCGCGGGGGCUUCGUUGGAGCCGCCGGCGGUUCCGGCCCCCGGAGAAGACAACCCGGCCGGGGCGGGCGGCGCGGCCGUGGCGCGGGCGGCUGGAGGGGCGCGGAGGUUCCUGUGCGGCGUGGUGGAAGGGUUUUAUGGAAGACCUUGGGUUAUGGAACAGAGAAAAGAACUCUUUAGAAGGCUCCAGAAAUGGGAAUUAAAUACAUACUUGUAUGCUCCCAAAGAUGACUACAAACAUAGGAUGUUUUGGCGAGAGAUGUAUUCAGUGGAAGAAGCUGAGCAACUUAUGACUCUCAUCUCUGCUGCACGGGAAUAUGAGAUAGAGUUCAUCUAUGCUAUUUCACCUGGAUUAGACAUUACCUUUUCUAAUCCCAAGGAAGUAUCCACAUUGAAACGCAAAUUGGAUCAGGUUUCUCAGUUUGGGUGCAGAUCAUUUGCCUUACUUUUUGAUGAUAUUGACCAUAAUAUGUGUGCAGCAGACAAAGAGGUAUUCAGUUCUUUUGCUCAUGCUCAGGUCUCCAUCACAAAUGAAAUUUAUCAGUAUCUCGGAGAACCAGAAACCUUCCUCUUCUGUCCAACAGAAUAUUGUGGCACUUUCUGUUAUCCAAACGUAUCUCAAUCUCCUUAUUUAAGGACUGUGGGUGAAAAGCUUCUACCUGGAAUUGAAGUGCUUUGGACAGGUCCCAAAGUUGUUUCUAAAGAAAUUCCAGUAGAGUCCAUUGAAGAAGUUUCUAAGAUUAUUAAGAGAGCUCCGGUAAUCUGGGAUAACAUUCAUGCUAAUGAUUAUGAUCAGAAGAGACUAUUUCUGGGCCCAUAUAAAGGAAGAUCUACGGAACUCAUCCCUCGGUUGAAAGGAGUUCUCACUAAUCCAAAUUGUGAAUUUGAAGCCAAUUAUGUUGCUAUCCACACUCUUGCCACCUGGUACAAAUCAAACAUGAAUGGAGUGAGAAAAGAUGUAGUGAUGUCUGACAGUGAGGACAGUACGGUAUCAAUUCAGAUAAAAUUAGAAAAUGAAGGCAGUGAUGAAGAUAUUGAAACUGAUGUACUCUAUAGUCCACAGAUGGCUCUAAAGCUGGCUUUAACAGAAUGGUUGCAGGAGUUUGGUGUACCUCAUCAAUACAGCAGUAGGCAAGUUGCACACAGUGGAGCUAAAGCAAGUGUAGUUGAUGGGACUCCUCUAGUUACAGCACCCUCUUUAAAUGCCACAACUGUUGUUACAACAGUUUACCAGGAGCCCAUUAUGAGCCAGGGAGCAGCCUUGAGUGGUGAAUCUACAGCUCUUACCAAGGAAGAAGAAAAGAAACAGCCAGAUGAGGAACCUAUGGACAUGGUAGUGGAAAAACAAGAAGAAACAGAUCACAAGAAUGACAAUCAAAUACUAACUGAAAUUGUUGAAGCUAAAAUGGCAGAGGAAUUGAAACCGAUGGACACUGAUAAAGAAAGCAUAGCUGAAUCAAAGUCCCCAGAGAUGUCUAUGCAGGAAGACUGCAUUGGUGAUAUUGCCCCUAUGCAGACUGAUGAACAGACAAACAAAGAGCAGUUUGUGCCAGGUCCAAAUGAAAAGCCUUUGUACACUGCAGAACCAGUGACUCUGGAGGAUUUGCAGUUACUUGCUGACUUAUUCUACCUUCCUUAUGAGCAUGGGCCCAAAGGAGCGCAGAUGUUACGGGAGUUCCAGUGGCUUCGAGCUAAUAGCAGUGUGGUCAGUGUCAAUUGCAAAGGAAAAGACUCUGAAAAAAUUGAAGAAUGGCGAUCACGAGCAGCCAAGUUUGAAGAGAUGUGUGGACUAGUGAUGGGAAUGUUCACUCGGCUCUCCAAUUGUGCCAACAGGACAAUUCUUUAUGACAUGUACUCCUAUGUUUGGGAUAUCAAGAGUAUAAUGUCUAUGGUGAAGUCUUUUGUACAGUGGUUAGGGUGUCGUAGUCAUUCUUCAGCACAGUUCUUAAUUGGAGACCAAGAACCCUGGGCCUUUAGAGGUGGUCUAGCAGGAGAGUUCCAGCGUUUGCUGCCAAUUGAUGGGGCAAAUGAUCUCUUUUUUCAACCACCCCCACUGACUCCUACCUCCAAAGUUUAUACUAUUAGACCGUAUUUUCCUAAAGAUGAGGCUUCCGUGUACAAGAUUUGCAGAGAAAUGUAUGACGAUGGAGUGGGUUUGCCUUUUCAAAGUCAACCUGACCUUAUUGGAGACAAGUUGGUAGGAGGACUGCUUUCCCUCAGCCUGGAUUAUUGCUUUGUCCUGGAAGAUGAAGAUGGCAUAUGUGGUUACGCCUUGGGCACUGUAGAUGUGACCCCCUUCAUUAAAAAAUGUAAAAUUUCCUGGAUUCCCUUCAUGCAGGAAAAGUAUACCAAGCCAAAUGGUGACAAAGAACUCUCUGAGGCUGAGAAAAUAAUGUUGAGUUUCCAUGAAGAGCAGGAAGUAUUGCCGGAAACUUUUCUUGCCAACUUUCCUUCUCUAAUAAAGAUGGAUAUUCACAAAAAAGUAACUGACCCAAGUGUAGCCAAAAGCAUGAUGGCUUGCCUCUUGUCUUCACUGAAGGCUAAUGGCUCCCGGGGGGCUUUCUGUGAAGUGAGACCAGACGAUAAAAGAAUUCUGGAAUUUUACAGCAAGUUAGGCUGUUUUGAAAUUGCAAAAAUGGAAGGAUUUCCAAAGGAUGUGGUUAUACUUGGUCGGAGCCUGUGACAUUUGUUGGCACUAUGAACUGUCCAAAAGUCUUAACUUCACCUGGUGGGCUGGUGGUUGGGGUCUUCAUAUAGUUCAGUCUCUGGAGAAGCAACAAAUGAGCCAAUUGGGAUUGGAAACAAAGAAGAUUAUGUAAAACCCAUCACACUUUGAGACUACUCACUGGUUGGAAGAAGAUAGUAUUGCUGCAAAUCCUGUAUGAAACAGGGAUGUGGGCCUCCUUUUUGGGUCUUGUGUUAGGUGUCAGUUGACUUUUACAAGGGCUUAUAGGGAGGGGGUCUUCAAUAAAUGUAGUCAGCACUGUUUUCUGCA